UAGCCGCACGAGCUGUCAACUUUACUAGAGCUGCACAAACAGCUACGCUCUUACCAUUCUCACGUGACAACCAAUUCACGUGACGAUAGAUAUGGCUCUUUUGUUCAUUGCUGCCUUUUCUGCUCUGUUUCUAGCCGCACUCGGAAACGACAACGGGGUUGGUAAGUAACUGCAUGUAUACUCACUCUAGGGUAUGCAUACAGUGCAAAUUCGGAUGCUCGCAUGCAGGUUUGACACCACCAAUGGGAUGGAACACUUGGUGUACAGAAGGCAGGUGCGGGAGGGACUUCUGUAAUGCUCAGGAAAUAAUGGCGAUUGCUGAUGCUAUGGCCACAAAUGGAAUGAAAGAUGUGGGAUUCCAGUAUAUCAAUCUUGAUGACUGUUGGGCUGAUCAUCGUGACAAAAACGGCGAAAUAGCAGCUGACGCCCAUCGGUUUCCAAAUGGUAUCGCUGAAGUAGUAAAAUAUGUCAACUCAAAAGGCUUCAAAUUUGGUUUGUACACUGAUGGAGGCCUGUACACAUGCAGUCAAGGAGAACGACCUUAUAAAAUCCCUGGGAGCUAUGGGCAUUAUGAGCAAGAUGCUGCAACUUAUGCCAGCUGGGGUGUUGAAUAUGUCAAGAUGGACUGGUGUAAUUCGAAGGUCAAUGGCACUCAGCUGGAACCAAGAGUUCAAUAUCCUCAGAUGUCAAAGGCCUUGAAUAAAACUGGCAAACCAAUCUUCUUCAAUGCUUGUGAAUGGGGUGACGAUAAUCCAUGGGAAUGGAUGGGUCAGUAUGCCAACUCGUGGAGGUCUGGACCCGACCAUCAUGAUGACUGGAAGUCAACAGCUGGCAUCAUUGAACACAACAUGGGACUAUCAAAAUAUGCACGUCCGGGUGCAUGGAAUGAUCCUGAUUUUCUAAUGACAGGCGGUCAGGGGUGUCUACUUGAUCCUAACAAGCGAUGUCCGGGUAUGACUGACGAUGAGUAUCGUGCCGAAUUUGGCAUGUGGUGCCUACUGGCAGCACCACUACUUGUUGUCACGGAUGUAAAGGCAAUGACAGACAUACAGAAAGAGUUGCUUCUCAAUAAGGAGCUGAUUGCUGUCAAUCAAGACAAACUGGGUCACCAGGGUGACAGGAUUGGAAUUGCCAACUGUAGCAAGAACGAAAAGACAGCCUGUCAAGUCUGGGCAAAGAACCUCACUAACAAUUCUGUUGCUCUAGGAUUGUAUAACUCAGGAAGUCAAUCGUACGAUAUCACAUUCGAUUUCGACAUGUUACCUGGAUGGGCGAACAAACACAUUUUCUUUCGUGAUAUUAUGACCAAGAAAGACCUCAGCGUCUUCCUUCAUUCAUUCACAGCCAGGAAAGUCCCAUCUCAUGGCAUAGCAAUGUACAAGAUCCACGAGUACAAAGGAAAAACAAACAACAAUGGGAUUAGAGAAUAACACUAGAGUUAGUAAGUAUCUCUUGGUAGAGUGACAAUGUUACCUGCA